GUGUAUUAACAUGCGCCUUUAACCUUGUGCAUGAGGAAAUUAUGAAAGUCUCCUGUUUGUGAGUGGUGUUAUAACCUGUCUUAUGUUACUUUUGUGUGUAAACCUUCGUAAACGAUGAGCAAAUAUAUUCUGCCCGUCUCGGUCUUUGGAACAGUGUUUGGGUGCGCUGUUUUAUUAAAGAACCAUGUUACUGGAGGCCCUUGUCCCAGUAAGGCUAAAAUACCAGGGAAGACAGUGGUCAUAACAGGAGCCAACACUGGGAUUGGUAAAGAGACAGCCAAAGAACUGGCUAAGAGAGGCGGUCGAAUUAUUAUGGGGUGCAGGGAUAUGGAGAAAUGUGAGGCGGCUGCCAAGGAGAUCCGGGGGCAGACACUGAAUCCUCAUGUUUACGCACACCACAUAGACCUGGCCUCUAUCAAAUCCAUCCGCCAGUUUGCAGAGAGAGUCAACCAAGAGGAAAAGCAUGUGGAUGUGCUGAUAAACAAUGCAGGAGUGAUGAGAUGUCCAGCAGGGAAGACAGAGGAUGGGUUUGACAUACAGUUUGGAGUGAACCAUUUAGGUCACUUCUUGCUGACCAAUCUGCUUCUGGAAAAGCUGAAGGACUCUGCCCCCAGCAGAGUGGUCAACCUGGCCUCUCUCGCCCACAUCGUCGGGGAGAUCGACUUCAACGACCUCAACUGGGACAAUAAGAAGUUUGACACCAAACGGGCCUACUGCCAAAGCAAACUCGCCAACGUUCUAUUCACAAGAGAACUGGCCCAAAGGCUAGAUGGUACUGGGGUCACUGUGAAUUGCCUACACCCGGGGGUCGUUGCCACAGAGCUGGGGAGACACACUGGCCUCCACCAAUCGCAGUUCUCCAGCUCAGUGCUCAGUCCGUUCUUCACCCUCCUAGUGAAGGGGCCAGAGCUGGGGGCCCAGCCUAGUGUCUAUCUGGCCGUGGCCGAGGAGCUGGAGGGGGUUACGGGACGCUACUACGACGUGAUGAUGGAGAAGGAGCCAGCACCCAAGGCCCUCGACCAGGAGGUGUCCCGGAGGUUGUGGGAGGCCAGCGCCAGGCUGAUGGGGCUGGAGCAGGAGCAGGCACCAUCAGCAGCAGUGCCAGCCUCAAAUGGGGCCCAAGAGAAGCGCAGCACAGACCCAGACACUAAAAUCAUAGUCAAGCACCCACUGUCAGUGUUUGAGCAAACAGGAAUGAACCCUGGAGUAUGAGCCCCGAUAUGGAAAGAAGUCUCUGUGAACGGUUGACUUUGCAUAGGCGCCAUUUUCUCUCGACAAGAGAAUGUACAAUAUGAAAUCCGAGCUAGCUUGAGAUUUCGAUUAUGGCUCGCAAGACAUGUUACAGAUAUGCUACAGACUAAUGCUUGAUUUCACCUGGUUGUCCAAUGUCCAUACAUCAGGAGAUGUUAUAGAGGCAAUGAUACAGAAGUGACUUGUCCAACAGCACAGUGAGUGUUGGCUUACAGUAGGUUCCAGAGGGAGUAGGUUUUCAUUCCAACCAAAGUCAAUGUUAAGUUAUAUUUUAAUGUUAAUUGAAGAUAUUGAAUAAUUAUGGAAAUAAUCCACCUUUCAUGGCCAGAUACUGAGACAGAAUGAAAUGGGAAUCACUGUUAUUAAAACAAUUGUUCUAUGUUAUGAACUGAACUUGAACACACAGGCUCACGCUCAUUGCAUGUGUUGUAAUGAGUACAGUAUAAUGUUGCCUCAUCUGGCCAUGAUGAGGCUCAAGGGAAAGGGUUACCUGUCAUAUUAGAGUUGCUUGUCAUUGAUUAUACUAUUAUUGACUGAGCUAAUUAAACAAUACUAGAGUGACA